CCCGGGAGCCCCCAGCCCGUCUGGGGGGGCAGGACCCACAUCCAGCCCCGAGUGCAGCCAGGAGGGACCCUCAGCCCAGAACGAGCAGUGGCAUGUGGCAGGGGUGAGCUCCCCACCGCGCCAGCACCAUGGAGCCGUGCCCGGGGCAGCCCCAGGAGGCCCUGCUGACGGUCAACGAGCAGGUCAUUGUCAUGUCCAGCCAUGAGACCAUCCGGGUGCUGGAGGUGGGGGUGGAUGGGGACCCCAAAACGGCCGGGGAGGGAGCGGGGGGGUCCCCGGCACAGGGGGGCCCCCCAGGUGUGGAGGACGCUCCCGCCAGCACCCCGAGCUCGUCCGGCGGGGAGGCGGCAGGUAAAGCCAAAGCCGCCUCGCCCGCCCCGGUGCCGUCCAGCCCCGCCCCGAGCCAGCCCGGCGUGACGCACCUGGCCGUGCAGGCCGCCCCGCAGGUGUUGGCUCAGGAAAGCUUAGCCACAGGUGUGACAGGAGUAAUGGUUCCGGCAGGGACAGUUACUCAACCUCUUCUUAUCCCCAUCAGUAUUGCAGGUCAGGUGACAGGCCAGCAGGCGCUGGCCCUGGUGACAAUUCCCACAGCAACGCUCGCCGCGCUCCCGGGACUGACGCCGGCGGCACCCGCGGGGGCGAUUUUCAAACCGCCCGUAGCCAAUCUCACAGCCGCCGCCGUGCUCAGCCCCGCCGUCCCGCCGGUCCCGCCGCCCCCGGGGCCGCCGCCGCUGCUGGCCCAGCCCCCGCCGGCGCCCACCCCCCCAAAGGAGCCCCCGGUCACCGUGCAGCCCCAGAUCACCGGCCUGGCCUUUAACCCCGGCAUACUCACGGCGGCUCUGGGGGCGCAGCCGCAGCUCCCGGGAUCGCCGCCCCUCCCCAGCGUCCCGGGCAUCCCGGGCCGGCUCCCGAGCGGCGCCCGGGGCCAGGUGAUCGGGACCCUGCCCUGGGUGCUGGCGCCGCCCGCGCCCAGCCUGCAGGUGGCACAGGUGACGGCGGUGGCACCGCAGCUGCUGCUGAACGCGCAGGGCCAGCUCAUCGCCGCGCUGGCCACCGGCGCCGCGCUGCCCGCCGGGCCCCCCGGCAAGAAGAACGGGCCCGCAGAGCCCCCGGUCAAGAGCGAGGUCAGGCCCAUCCAGCCGGCCCCCGCCGGGCUGGGGUCGAGCCCCCCGGCCGUGGCCAAGGUGUCGCCGUCGCCGGUGCCCAUCAGCUGCCCCGAGCCCCCCACCGUGAGCCAGCUGGUGGCCAAGCCCCCCGCCCCGCCCAGCACGGAGGAGGACGGGAUCAACCUGGAGGAAAUCCGGGAAUUCGCCAAGAACUUCAAACUGCGGCGCCUCUCGCUGGGGCUGACCCAGACCCAGGUGGGGCAGGCCCUGACGGCCACCGAGGGCCCUGCCUACAGCCAGUCGGCCAUCUGCAGGUUCGAGAAGCUGGACAUCACGCCCAAGAGCGCGCAGAAGCUGAAGCCGGUGCUGGAGAAGUGGCUGCGGGAGGCGGAGCAGCGGCAGCGCGAGGGGCAGCAGCACCUGCUGGAGUUCGUGGGCGGCGAGCCGGGCAAGAAGCGCAAGCGGCGCACGUCCUUCACGCCGCAGGCCCUGGAGGCGCUCAACGCGCACUUCGAGCGCAACGCGCUGCCCACGGGCGCCGAGAUCACGCGCAUCGCGCAGGAGCUGCGCUACGAGCGCGAGGUGGUGCGCGUCUGGUUCUGCAACCGCCGCCAGACGCUCAAGAACACCAGCAAGCUCAACGUCUUCCAUGUGCCCUGACGGCCGCGCCCGGCACCUCCCAGUGCCCGGCCGGGAGCGCCCCUGUGCCCCCGGCCUCCGGCCACCGGCACUUCGGGCACCGGUUCUGUCCCUCUGCCACCUGGUUCUGU